AUGGAGAAGAACUCGACAGAGGAUGAGUUCGCCGACUCGGGAGCAGAGACAGGCGGGUCUCUCACGGAUUACAGUCCCAUGUCGUCAGCAAGCAGUGAUCUCUCCAUGGGGGACCAGCAGGACCCAUUUUUAGUGAGUGUCCACAUCAUCACAGACCCAGGACAGGCAAAAUCACUUCAGCGUGCUGCAGACCAGGUCCUGUCCUGGGUCCACCCAGACUUGCCCCUUUUCCGUGUCUCGGAACGUGCCCCCAGCAGCCACCAAAGACACCGACCAAAACACCAUGUCCAUCCCUCCGCCACCACCCAGCCCUCUCUGGCUGUCAUCCUCUUCAUCCAAGAGGAGAACGAGAGCAUCGAGAGCAUCAAACAACUUCACGGCACCCUCCAGAAGCCACCAUGGAAGUACCAUCACACGGAGCGGGUGAAUGGGCGUGGGUUGAUGCCCCUUUCACCCACUAGCCAAGACUUUUUCACCCUGGCUCCAGGCACGCCGCUUUGGGCGCUCCGGCAGGUGCAUUAUGGGAAAGAGAUUGUGCGUUUUACCGUCUACUGCCGCUAUGAGAGCUAUGCCGACAUGGUGCGUUUCUACCGGCUGUUGUUAAGAAGACGGCUGGCCCAAAAGAAGGAGGAUUUCUGCUUUUGUGUGGUAUACUCGAACCCCGAUACAGAGAUUCAGUUGUCGUUCAAGCGGUUGCCAUGGGGCCAGAGCCCCACCCCCAUGGACUGUGCAGUGAUGGAGAUUCGGGUAUGGGAUGUGGGUGGGCUUGUACCCUUGCUGCCACACCCUUGUACACCUAUCAGUGAUGUUCGCUGGCAAACAGAGGAUUAUGAUGGGAACAAGAUACUACUGCAGGUGCAGAAUUCACGACACCGUCGGAGACACACUGUUGCUCAGUUCACACACCUCCCUCCAGAUUCUACACCUAUUGUAUCUCCAGAUCCUGCUGCUGCCCUGCCCCCCUUUGGCAGAGGUCCCGCUUCCUAUCGAAACCGCCGCUAUCACCGAAACUCUUCUCGCUCCUCACGAGCACAAACUCUCCCCACACCGCACUCACAUGGGUCCCAGAAUUCCCUGCCACUGCUGUGUGAGAAAGAGGAAAGUCAUCCCAGUUCUCUCCCACGUGAUCCAGAAGCUUUCCGUGCUGGAUGGACAGGUCACCGUACACGUUCGCUGUUUUCCUUGCCCCUAGCAGGCGGACCCCACUCCACAUGCCCCUCCCCCUCAGCAACACUUCGCCCACGUAGUUCCUCCUCGUUGGCCAGUCUGGUGUACCGUGUGAACGUGGAUACACUGGUGGGAGCUGAGGAAACUGAUGUGGACACAGGACAGAAGCUGACUGGCAGCUCUCUGGACCUAUCGGUGACUUCCGCUUACUCCCGCCCACAGCUGCGGACCAAUCAACAAACACCACGCCCACCAAGACCUCUCUCUGCCCCUCUUCAGGACAUAAAUCCCUCCCUUUCAGAGCCAUCCCACAACCACAUCCCCACAUCAGUAAGACAGCCCCCUGUGCCACUCAGAACCAGCAGCAUGUCAAUUAAGAUCACACCCACAGAUAAGCCACACCCCCCAAGUGUGUGUCUGUCACAGCAAGGCACCACCCAUUCAGGUUGGGAGCAAUGUGGUAAUGGCCCAACAACUCAUGACAACUGCAAACAGGAACAGAUCGAGGAAGAUGAACAAGAGUUUUAUAUCUGA